UGGGUUUUGUUUUGCUUUUUUUUUAAGAAAAACUCUUACCAAGUGAAACGCAUGAACAAAGGUCAGAGUUGUCAAUCCUGCAGCCUUAUCUUAAUUGCUCAAUAUACAUAUACUAGUCUCCUAUAUAUACCCUUCUGGUUGUUGCAUGUUUGGCAUGCAGAGAAAACUAACGUUCAAAAAAUGGAUAAAUCUAGAACAACGAGAAAGUACGUUUAUAUUCCAAAAACUACACCUCAAGGCUUUGUUUCCCCAAAUAUUAAUAGUUCAGAGCAUGCUGAGGAAGCAACACCUACCUGCUUUGUUUCCCCAAAGAUUGAUGCUUUGAACUACUACAACUCGAGAAAGGAUGUUCCUUUCCCGACAAACACUAGUACGACUCGUUGCCUUGUUUCUUCAAAGAUUAGUAGUUCAAAGCUUGUUGGGGAAGCAACACUUACCUGCAGUGGUGGCCAACACAAGUUUCUAGUACCUACAAUCACAAAUGCAUACCGUUGCUACAAAUGUAAUAGUGUCACCAGUUCAAUUUCAGGUUCUGAGCAAUCAAGGAAAGGUAGUGGAGCCGCCAAACAUGAUCAACUGAAUAAUGCUAUCAGUAACACAAAUGGAGCUUUACUGAGAAGGCUAUCAGUUUCAGCAAGUUCUUCCUUGUCCUUGUCCACUCCAAGCAACAAGCGUGCGGUUAUAUGUGGAGUAACAUACGGGAAAAGGAAAUUCAAGCUAGAAGGAACCAUUAAUGAUGUUAAUAACAUGAAAAAUCUACUUCUUGAUAAAUUUAAAUUCCCAAUUGGGUGCAUACGUGUCCUCACAGAGGAAGAGAAGGACGCCAAUUUAAUUCCAACAAAGAGGAACAUACUGGAAUCCUUAAAGUGGCUUGUGAAGGACUGCAAGUCGGAGGACUCAUUAGUGUUCUACUUCUCUGGACAUGGUCUGCAACAACCUGAAUAUUGCAAAGGAGAUGAAAUUGACGGGCUUGAUGAAACUAUUUGUCCUGUUGAUUUUGUGAGAGAAGGAAUGAUCACUGACAAUGAUAUAAAUUCUACCAUUGUUCAACCACUCAAGAAAGGUGUCACACUUCAUGCUGUCAUUGAUGCUUGUCAUAGUGGAACAACACUUGAUCUUAUGUAUCUUUGCAAAAAAGAAAAAGGCAGUUGGAAUUGGAAGGAUAGCAAACCACCCCAUAGUAAAAAACCUAUGACAAAACAAACAAAUGGUGGACUUUCUAUUUGCCUCAGUGCUUGUAAAGAUAGUCAGAUGGCUGCUGAUAACGCGGCUUUUGAUGGAAACAGGUUUAACGGUAUAUUGACAUAUCUUUUCUCAAAAAUAAUCAGAGAACAUUCUGAUGAAAUAACAUAUGUUGGUUUACUAGAAAAGAUACAUGAGGAAAUUGGAAAGAUCCACCAAAGCAAUUUCUGUAACAGCUUCUUGAAACGUAUUUUUCAAAGUAAAGUUGACCAGGACCCUUUUUUAUCAUCGUCGGAGAAAUUUGAUAUUGCUAGAAGCAUAUUUAAAUUGUGACGAUGUACGUUGGAAAGGUGAUAGUGAUAAUGACAGUUGAAUGGAGAUAGUGUGUUGAAAAAUCUGAUAGUUAGUAAGUUUGAUGAUCCCUUGUAAAAUUAGUUGACGUAACAGUCAACCAUGUUUGAAAAUUGAAACCGUUAACAAGUUGUUAAAAAAUCUGGUAGAUAGGGAAGGUUCAGUGCUUAGUAAUAUAAAUAGGACUUCUACAUACUUUUUAGGGCCCAAGUCAAUCAACCAAACAUUUUCAUUUUACUUUGCAUUUA